AACCAAAAAAUCCUUUUUUCUUAUUAGGUAACCCUCAAGCUCCUCUAAUUUGAUUACCCAAACCCCAGGGUUUUUGGAAACCCUUACCCCUGUUUACAACCCAGCUCUCUCUCUCUCCUCUAUAAGGAAAACCCAGCUCUCCUUUACAAUCCCCAAAUCACGACCACGACCCCGCCAACUUGCCUGAGUCCACCACCGCCGACACUGACCACGACCCGACCACCGGAGACCCCGACCCUGACCACCGGCGACCUCGACCACAACAAGGGUUUUUCGCAAUUUCGUAAAUGGAGACGAUUUUGGCAACCUUGGACUUUGAGUAGUUGAGAGAUGAUGAGAGUUUAUGGACUGCAUUGGAUGAAAUGUCAAUUUCUCACACACGCAAGAUAGGGUGGCUGAGAUGAGCAUCGGUGCAUGUUCGUGUUGAGCUCUGAAUUUGUGAGACUUUUGAUGACAAUUGGAUGAUUCAACUUUUGGUGUUCAACAGAUCAGCACCAUGUCAGACUAGAACUUGGCUAAGGGUUUGGCGCUGUUGCCUGUCAAUAUCAACAAGUUCAAAUCAUUUGGAGGCUUCUUUAAAUGGAUUUAAGCAUAAGGAUGAACGGGCGGACAUUGAACAUCUUUUUAGGUUCUGCUUCAGUGCACAUGCUGUUAAGAGAGUCCACGCCCUUCUUGUUGUCUCCAGAACAGCUCAAAGUAUCUAUGUUAGCACUAGGCUCAUUAAUCUAUAUGCUUAUCAUGGGGACUUGGCUUUUGCGCGUAGAACUUUUGGUCAUAUCCCAUCAAAAGAUGCUUACACUUGGAAUUCAAUGAUAGCUGCAUAUGUACGCAGUCGCUGUUAUAGUGGAGCUUUAAAUUGCUUCAAUGAGCUCAUAUCAUCAGCUGAGGUUCCACCUGAUAAUUACACCUUCCCUCCCGUUUUGAAAGCUUGUCAGAAGCUAAUGGAUGGAAAGAAAAUUCACUGCAGGGUUCUUAAAGUUGGUUUCAUGUGGGAUGUUUUUGUGUCUGCUUCCUUGAUUCAUAUGUAUUCUAGAUUUGGUUUUGUGGUUGAUGCUCAAAACCUUUUUUAUAAUAUGCCAUUCAGGGAUUCAGCUUCCUGGAACGCCAUGAUUUCUGGAUUCUGUCUGAAUGACAAACUGGAAAAAGCACUGGACUUUGUUAAUGAAAUGAGAUAUAAGGGCAUACAUCUAGACCCUGUGACUGUUGCUAGUAUUCUUCCUGUUUGUGCUUUUGUUGGCGAUUUCUUAAGUGGUAUUAUGAUCCAUUUAUAUGCCAUAAAGCAUGGUCUGGAGCAUGAGGUGUUUGUUUCCAAUGCUCUGAUCAAUAUGUAUGCUAAAUUUGGUUAUCUGCAGCAUGCUCAGGAGGUUUUUGAUAAGAUGUUGGUUAAAGACAUCGUUUCAUGGAACUCUAUCAUUUCGGCAUAUGAGCAAAAUGCAAAUGCUAUAUUAGCUAUUAGAUUUUUCAAAGAGAUGCAGUGUCAAGGACUCCAGCCUGACACAUUGACGCUAGUGAGUCUUGCUGCAUGUGUUGCUCACCUUGGGGAUUUUAAAAAUGGCAGAUUGCUUCACGGGUUCAUAAUAAAGAAGGCGUAUAUGAGCAAUAUUAUUAUGGGGAAUGCUGUUCUGGACAUGUAUGCGAAACUAGGGAACUUAGAUUUUGCACAAAAGGUUUUCCGAGAGAUGCCUAGAAAGGAUAUCAUUUCGUGGAACACUUUAAUCACGGGCUAUUCUCAAAAUGGCCUUGCAGAUGAAGCUACAGAAACAUUCUCUGAGCUGGAAGCCUGCACAGAAGUGACUCCCAACCAAGGCACCUGGGUGAGCGUGCUACCAGCUUAUUCUCAUCUAGGGGCUUUGCAACAAGGCUGUAAAAUUCAUGGUCGUGUUAUUAAGAUGUCUCUUCACUUGGAUACAUAUGUUGGUACUUGUCUUAUUGACAUGUAUGGGAAAUGUGGUAGAUUAGACAUUGCAUUGUCCUUAUUCAAUGAAGUUCCAAGGACGAGCUCUGUGCCAUGGAAUGCCAUUAUAUCUUGCCAUGGGAUCCACGGGCAUGGGGAGAUAUGUUUUAAGAUCUUUGAAGAAAUGCUGCAGGAAGGUGUGGAUCCCGAUCAUGUAACUUUCCUUUCGUUGCUGUCUGCUUGCAGCCAUUCAGGACUCGUCAAUAAAGGUGAAUGGUGCUUCCACAUAAUGCAGGAAUUAUAUGGGAUUAAGCCUAAUAUGAGGCACUAUGGUUGCAUGGUAGAUUUGCUGGGCAGAGCUGGAUUGCUAGAGAAGGCGUAUAAUUUCAUAAAAGAUAUGACUGUGCAGCCAGAUUCUUCUGUUUGGGGUGCUCUUCUUGCUGCUUGUCGAACACAUAAAAACGUUGAAUUGGCUAAAUUUGCUUCUGAUAAGUUGUUUUCCAUUGAUUCAGAUAAUGUAGGAUACUAUGUAUUGAUGUCAAAUAUUUAUGCUAAUGCGGGGAGAUGGGAAGGGGUUAAUGAGAUGAGAUCAUUGGCCUCGGACAGAGGAUUGAAGAAGACUCCAGGUUGGAGUUCUGUCGAAGUGGGCAACAAAAUUGAUGUUUUUUGCACUGGUAAUAAGUCUCAUCCCAAGUAUGAUCAAAUCAACCAUGAACUGUGCACUCUAACUGAUGAAGUAAAGAGGCUUGGUUACAUUCCAGACUUUAGUUUUGUGCUACAAGAUGUGGAGGAGGAUGAGAAGGAGCAUAUUCUUUCCAGUCACAGUGAAAGAUUGGCUAUUGCAUUUGCACUGAUUAGUAACCCAUCAAAAAGUGCAAUAAGAAUUUUCAAAAAUUUGAGGGUUUGUGGAGAUUGCCACAAUUGGACCAAGUUUGUUUCCAAGAUCACUGAGAGGGAAAUUAUUGUAAGAGAUUCAAACCGUUUCCAUCAAUUCAAGGAUGGCGUUUGUUCUUGUGGGGAUUAUUGGUGAAUCUGAAGAACAUACUUGUUAAUGUCAAUAUCUACAGCCCAUCCUGGUGGAAGAUAUCUCGCAAUCACCUGAUAAUUUGAAAGUUGAAAGUCUUCUCUGGAACAGUUAACAAAUCAAGGGCUUCUGAUGGUUCAAAUUUAAUGGCAUCCAAUUGUUGGCACUUUUAUCAGAGAAGAUAUUGAAGUUUUGCAAAAAGAGUUGCAUGAUCUUGCUGCUGAUUGUCAUAUAUAUCCACUUUCAUGUCUAUGGCUCUUGUUGCAAUUCCGGCUCCAAUAUUCAUUUUGGAUCUUAUUGCUGUUCCAGCUCCAGUAUCGUUUCGGGCUCUUGUUGAAGUGCGGCUCCAAUAUUGCUUCUGGCCCUUGUUAAAGUUUCGGCUCCAAUAUUGCUUCUGGCUCAUGGUGCAGUUCCAAUUCCAAUAUCGUUUCUGGCUCUUGCAGUUUUGGCUCCAAUGAUACAUAGUAGCUUUAGCGGCCCGUUUGGUAAUCGUUAAUAAAUUGUGGUAAUGGGAAUGAAUUUUUAGUGUAAUUUUAUUAGGAAAGCACCCUUAAAAGCUCCAUGGGGAGACAUUUUUUGUCUAUAUGGGCAAGCAAUUUCACCCCUAAACUUGUGUUUUUGUCUUCAAGGGGAAACAAUUUUCAUUACCACUCAUUACCACCUACAAGGUGGUAUUGGAUGGGAAUGAAAAUUCAAGAAGGAAAGUGGACACUUUAGGAUAAAUUAGCAUUACCAUAGGAAUGGACAAUGAUAUUUUUCAUAAAUUUACACACAUAUUCAUUUCCAUUACCACCAUUUAUGACCAACUAUCAAACGGGCCGUAGAAGUAUUAGUUUCGUUUCUGCUUUUAGCUAUUGAUGCUUCAUGUAUGGAAAACCUUCAGCCUUGAGUUUCGAGAAAAGCUUGAUGAAGGCAUCGUUUUGUUCCAGAUGGCUCCUUAGGAGUGUCCAGUACCACCACAUCCUAAUUUAUGACUGUUAUGAACGAUUUUUUACAUAACAUUUUGUGGUUGUAUGUUCGACAACAUAUAUUGUGUACUAGUUUUUGGAUCUGGGCUAUUGCCCUGAGUAAUUAUCUUAUAUUACAUUUUUUUAGUCUAAGAAA